AUGGUAGAGAUGCUGCCAACUGUCGUUGUGCUGGUCUUGGCAGUGUCCGUGGUUGCCAGAGAUAACUCCACGUGUGAUGGCCCCUGUGGGUUACGAUUCAGGCUGAACCCACAAGCAGGUUUCCGGAUUGUCGGAGGGCAGACUGCGCAGCGUGGGGCCUGGCCCUGGAUGGUCAGCCUACAGAUCUUCAUGUCCCAUAACAAGCGCAGGUACCACGCCUGUGGAGGUAGCCUACUGAACGCCCACUGGGUGCUUACAGCUGCUCACUGCUUCGAUAAUAAAAAAAAAGUCUAUGACUGGAGACUGGUUUUUGGAGCACAGGAAAUUGAAUAUGGAAGAAACAAGCCAGUGAGAGAGCCUCUGCAGGAGAGAUAUGUGCAGAAAAUCAUCAUUCAUGAAAAAUACAACAUUGUGACAGAGGGGAAUGACAUUGCUCUCUUGAAGAUCACUCCUCCGGUUUCAUGUGGGAACUACAUUGGGCCCUGCUGCCUACCUCAGUUUAAGGCUGGUCCUCCCAAAGUUCCCCAGACCUGCUACGUGACUGGGUGGGGAUACAUGAAAGAGAAGGCCCCCAGGCCAUCAACUGUCCUGAUGGAGGCACGUGUGGAUCUCAUUGACCUCGACCUGUGUAACUCAACCCAGUGGUACAGUGGGCGUGUCACAUCAACUAAUGUGUGUGCAGGGUAUCCUGAAGGCAAGAUUGACACCUGCCAGAGACAACGUCAACAGCCCCUUUGUGGUCGUGGGGAUCACGAGCUGGGGGGUUGGCUGUGCCCGUGCUAAGCAUCCUGGAAUCUACACAGCCACCUGGGACUACCUGGACUGGAUUGCUUCCAAGAUUGGCUCUAAU